GAGAUGGUGCGGGGAGAAUUACGAGAGGGAAUGAUGACAGUUAAACCGGAGCCUGAGGAGGAAGGGAUGCGUUUUGAGUCGACUCAAAUUACACGUGGAGCGGUGGCAGUGAGUCAAGAUACACGUGGAAUGAUGGCAGUGAGUCAAGAUACACGUGGAACGGUGGCAGUGAAAGCGGAGCCUGAAGAGGAAGGGGUGCGGAUGGAGAGGUGGAGGGGGGAGGGAGAGGAGUCAUCGAGUGAAGAAGUGAUGGUGGUAGAGGAGUAUGUUGAAUUGGAGGAGGGAGAGGAGGGGGAGAUGAGGGAGGAGGGGGAGGAAGUGGAAGAGGGGGAAGUGGGGGAGGAGGAAAUGGAGGAGGGGGAGGAGAUAGAAGUAGGGGAGGAAGGGGAGGAGAUAGAAGUAGGGGAGGAAGGGGAGGAAGGGGAGGUGGAGAAGGAGGAGGAAAUGGAGGAGGGGGAGGAAGUCGAAGAGGAGGAGGUGGAAGGUGAGGAAGAGGGGGAGGAGGAGGAGGAGGAAGAGGAGGAGGAGGAGAAAAAGAAGAGGAAAGUGGAGGAGGAAGAUGGGGGUCCUGUGGGGUUGAAAAGGGAUACGGAUGGAUUGGAAGCGGCUUUCAAUCAACAUUUGGAGGAUGAGAAGAGAAGAAGGAUUGGGAGGACCGAUGUGGAGGCUGCGGGUCCUGAAGUGAGGGUGAAACAAGAGCCAGAUCUACCCAAAGCUGAGGAGGAGGCUGAUCAAUGUCAUGAGGAGGAGAAGAGAAGGGGGCUUGGGAGGACGAGUGGGAAGAUGGAUGGAAAAUCGGAGGUGGGCGGUGGUGGAGGGAAGGGCAGGGCUGUGGCUGUCACAGCAACUGCUGCAAGGCAGGGAACGCUGCCAAGUACCCCUUGUACAGGGACGGGUAUUGAGGUGCUUCAGAAUAGGGCAGUGAGUGUGGCUGAUGUGGGCGCCGGUGGAGGGAAGGGCAGGGCUGUGGCUGCCACAGCAACUGCUGCAAGGCAGGAGGCAACCCCUAGUACCUGCACAGGGACGGGUAUCGGAGAAAGGGAACGGGGAAAAGGGGUUGGCAGUACGGGGCUGGGCGUGCUCGGGGUUUCACGCUUGGAUGGCAGCGGCAGCACGCAGAAAGGGAAGACUGUAGAGAGUGGGCUCAUCUGUGCUGCUAGAGGGGAUCUGGCGGAGGGACGUGCAGGGCUGGGAAAUUCACGCUUGGAUGGCAGCGGCAGCACGCAGAAACGGAAGAUUGUAGAGAGUGUGUCCGGCCGCCCUGCCUGCCCUGCCAGCCCUGCCAGCCCAGCCAAAAGUGGGCUGCCAGUGGGGCAAACAAGACUGGGAGCACUGCAGGGUGCAGGAUUGGAUGGCAGCGGCAGCACGCAGAGAGGGAAGACUGUAGAGAGUGGGCCCGUCUGUGCUGCUAGAGGGGAUCUGGCGGAGGGACGAGCAGGGCUGGGAGAUUCACGCUUGGAUGGCAGCGGCAGCACGCAGAAAGGGAAGAUUGUAGAGUGUGUGUCCGGCCGCCCUGCCUGCCCUGCCAGCCCUGCCAGCCCAGCCAAAAGUGGGCUGCCAGUGGGGCAAACAAGACUGGGAGCACUGCAGGGUGCAGGAUUGGAUGGCAGCGGCAGCACGCAGAGAGGGAAGACUGUAGAGAGUGGGCCCGUCUGUGCUGCUAGAGGGGAUCUGGCGGAGGGACGAGCAGGGCUGGGAGAUUCACGCCCGGAUGGCAGCGGCAGCACGCAGAAAGGGAAGACUGUAGAGAGUGUGUCUGGCAGCCCUGUAUGCCCUGCCGCUAGGACGCAGCAUGUGGCGGUGGGAGGAUCAGGCCUGGGAGCACUGGGGAUUGUAGGCUUGGAUGGUAGCGGCAGCACGCAGAAAGGGAAGAUUGUUGAGAGUGUGGCUGGCAGCCGUGUCAGCCCUGCUGCCAGGACGCAGCAUCUGGCGGUGGAAGGAUCAGGCCUGGGAGCACUGGGGAUUGCAGGCUUGGAUGGGAGCGGCAGCACGCAGAAAGGGAAGACUGUGAAAAGUGCUCCCACAGGGGCCAUCCCUAUCACCCCUGCCAGCCCCGCCAGCCCUGCCAGGGAGGUGGGAGGAUCAGGCCUGGGAGCACUGGGGGUUGCAGGCUUGGAUGGCAGCAGCAGCACGCAGAGAGGGAAGACUGUAGAGAGUGGGCCCGUCUGUGCUGCUAGAGGGAAUCUGGCAGAGGGACGAGCAGGGCUGGGAAAUUCUCGCUUGGAUGGCAGCGGCAGCAUGCAGAAAGGGAAGAUUGUAGAGAGUGUGUCCGGCCGCCCUGCCUGCCCUGCCAGCCCUGCCAGCCCAGCCAAAAGUGGGCUGCCAGUGGGGAAAACAAGGCUGGGAGCACUGCAGGGUGCAGGAUUGGAUGGCAGCGGCAGCACGCAGAGAGGGAAGACUGUAGAGAGUGGGCCCGUCUGUGCUGCUAGAGGGGAUCUGGCGGAGGGACGAGCAGGGCUGGGAGAUUCACGCUUGGAUGGCAGCGGCAGCACGCAGAAAGGGAAGAUUGUAGAGUGUGUGUCCGGCCGCCCUGCCUGCCCUGCCAGCCCUGCCAGCCCAGCCAAAAGUGGGCUGCCAGUGGGGCAAACAAGACUGGGAGCACUGCAGGGUGCAGGAUUGGAUGGCAGCGGCAGCACGCAGAGAGGGAAGACUGUAGAGAGUGGGCCCGUCUGUGCUGCUAGAGGGGAUCUGGCGGAGGGACGUGCAGGGCUGGGAAAUUCACGCUUGGAUGGCAGCGGCAGCACGCAGAAAGGGAAGACUGUAGAGAGUGUGUCUGGCAGCCCUGUUUGCCCUGCCGCUAGGACGCAGCAUGUGGCGGUGGGAGGAUCAGGCCUGGGAGCACUGGGGAUUGUAGGCUUGGAUGGUAGCGGCAGCACGCAGAAAGGGAAGAUUGUUGAGAGUGUGGCUGGCAGCCGUGUCAGCCCUGCUGCCAGGACGCAGCAUCUGGCGGUGGAAGGAUCAGGCCUGGGAGCACUGGGGAUUGUAGGCUUGGAUGGGAGUGGCAGCACGCAGAAAGGGAAGACUGUGAAAAGUGCUCCCACAGGGGCCAUCCCUAUCAACCCUGCCAGCCCCGCCAGCCCUGCCAGGGAGGUGGGAGGAUCAGGCCUGGGAGCACUGGGGGUUGCAGGCUUGGAUGGCAGCAGCAGCACGCAGAGAGGGAAGACUGUAGAGAGUGGGCCCGUCUGUGCUGCUAGAGGGAAUCUGGCAGAGGGACGAGCAGGGCUGGGAAAUUCUCGCUUGGAUGGCAGCGGCAGCAUGCAGAAAGGGAAGAUUGUAGAGAGUGUGUCCGGCCGCCCUGCCUGCCCUGCCAGCCCUGCCAGCCCAGCCAAAAGUGGGCUGCCAGUGGGGAAAACAAGGCUGGGAGCACUGCAGGGUGCAGGAUUGGAUGGCAGCGGCAGCACGCAGAGAGGGAAGACUGUACAGAGUGGGCCCGUCUGUGCUGCUAGAGGGGAUCUGGCGGAGGGACGAGCAGGGCUGGGAGAUUCACGCUUGGAUGGCAGCGGCAGCAUGCAGAAAGUGAAGAUUGUAGAGAGUGUGUCCGGCCGCCCUGCCUGCCCUGCCAAGGGAGGGCUGCCGGUGGGACGAAUGCGGCUGGGAGAAUUGGGAAGUGCAGGCGCUGAUGGCAGUGGCAGCAGCACACAGAGGGGGAGGAGUUUGGAGAGCGGGGCAGGCAGCCCUGCCAGAUCUGCGAGGGAGCAGCGUUUGACCGUGGGACGGACGGGCCUGGGAGCACUGGGGAUUGGAAGUGAGGCGGUGGUUCAAAAGACAUUUCACGGUGUAGCUUCAAUGGAUGCAGGCGGGAAAGGGAGGGCUGUGCGUGUGUCAGGUUUGAAAGGCGUCAAAAGUGGCACAGGUGCGGUGGUGCCUCAGACGACAUUGCGCGGUGAAGCUUCAAUGGGUGCAGGAGGGGAAGAAAGGGCUGUGUAUGUGAAGGAGGAGGCAGAGGAGUUAGGGGAGGAGGGAGUGAGGAGUGAUGUUGCUCAUGCGGUAACCGCAUCGAGUGGUGGUGGCGGUGGUGGUGUAGCCAGGUCUAGAGCAGCUGUUGCUGAUGUGGUAACCACAUCAGGUGCUGCUGGUGCAACCACAGCAGGUGGUACUGCUGCUGGAUCAGUUGGAACCACAGCGGGUGGCACUGCUGCUGCGGGAUCAGGUGCACCGACAGGGGGUGCUGCUGCUGCUGCUGGAUCGGGUGCAACCACAGCGGGUGGCACUGCUGCUGCUGGAUCAGCUGGAACCAAGUCAAAUAUGGCCCAAACGUGCUUAAGACGUUGUAGUGGGGACGCAAAUAAGGUGGAUGCGUGUAAUACGGGUGCAAGCAAUGUUGGUGCAAGUAAUACUGGUGCAAGUGUUACUGCUCUGUGUGUGCUUGGGGGAGUGCGAAGAAUGGAAGGAGGGGGCGCAACAGGAGGAAGAGGGGGCGCAAUGGUUAGAGGAAGUGCAGGUGGAAAGGUAAAGGAAGAGCCUAAGGAGCUGGGUGAUGGGGGAGUGGGAGUGAUAGGAAUUGAGGUGAAUCGGAUGAGGGAUAGGGACAGAGGCGAGGAAAGGGAGGAGGAAGGGAGAGUGGUGAGAGGAAGUGGGGGUGGUGGACGGGUAAAGGAGGAACCCUUGGAGGUGGGUGGUGGGGUAGAGGAAGGAUUAGGAACGGAGGUGAAUCGUACGAGGGGUAAGGGCAGAGAGGAAGAAAGGGGGGAGGAAGGGGAGGUGGAAGGGAAGGAGGAAGAAGAGAAGAAAGGGGUAGAGGAAGGGAAGGAGGAAUUGGAGGAGGGGGAAGAGAUUGAAGAGGGGAUGGAGAUGGGAGAGGAGGCGGAGGAUGAAGAGGAGGAGGAGGGUGAAGAGGAGGAGGAGGGUGAAGUGGGGGAAGAUGAAGGAGAGGAGGAAGAGGAGGAAGGGGAGGUGAGAGAAAGCGAGAUGGAGACGGAUGAAGAGAGCAAUGGAGGUGCAGGAGGUAGGGAUGGGGGGGGAGAGAUUUUUGAAGCGCCUCAUGAACUGGAGGUGAGAGAACGUGAGGGGGAGAUGGAGGUAGAGAGCAAUGAAGGGGCAGGAGGUAGGAAUAGGGAGGAAGGGCAAGGGGGAGAGGAGGUGGAGAGGGGAGUGGUAAGAGAGGAGAGGGAAGAGGAGAGAGAAGCAGAGGGAGAAAUGGAGGGAGAAGAAGGGCGAAGACAGCAACAGGAAGGAAAGGAGGGGGAAUGGAGAGAGGAGGGAGAGGAGGAGGGGGGGGGGAUGGGGGAGGAGGUGGAAGAAGUAAAAGAAAGGUGGGGGGGAAGGGAUGCGCAGAUGGAGAAAUUGCAGGUGAAAGAAGAAGCAUUGGAGGUGGAUGGGGGAGUGGGGGAGAGGAGAGGCUGUGGAGGAUUGUGUGAGAUGGGGAAAGCCAGUGGGGAGGAGGGAAAGGGGAAGGAGGUGGAGGGGGAGGGCAAGGGGGAGGGAAAAAUUCAGACAAAGCACAGGCAGGUGCAAGAGAAAGAAGCAGCGGAAGUGAAGGGAGGAGUGAAAGAGAGAGGAGGCUGUGGAGGAGCAUGUGAGAUGGAGACAGGUGGUGGGAAGCAGGGCGAGGAGGGGGAAAAGGGGGAGGAGGGUAUGGGGGAGGAGGGAGGGAAGGACAAAGGGGAGGAGGACGGGCAGAUAAAACACUGGCAGGAAGAAGGGAAAGAAGCAAUGGAAGUGAAGGGGAGAGUGGAGGAGAGAGAGGGUUACGGAGGAGAGUGUGAGGGGGAGAAAGACGGUGGGGAGGAAGGGGAGGAGGGGGGGGAGGAAAGGGAGGACCGGGGGGAGGACAAAGAGGGCGAAGAGUGCAAAGAGGGGGAGGAGGAGAGAAAAGAGGUGGAGGAGAGAAAAGAGGUGGAGGAGAAGAAGGGCGAGGUGGGAGAUGAUGGUAAGGAGGGUAAGGGGGAAGGAGAGCUGGAAAACGAGGAGGCGCCAGUCCGAGGGGAGAUGAGUGGAGGAGACAAGAGUGCUUGCAGGGGGGUAGAUGAGCAGAGAGGAACGGCAGGGCAGGAAGUAACGGGAAGGCAAGGAGGUUCAGGAGGGAAGGGAGGUUCAACAGGGCAAGGAGGAAGAGGAGGGCAGCAGGACGGUGAAGCGGAGAAAGCAGAGGCUGCUGAGCAAGCAGGGGGAGGAGGAGGAGGAGAAGGAUGGCAAGGAGGAGGGAAGGGAGGAGGGGAGGGAGAAGCAGCGGAUCAUGACACCUGCAAGACAGCUUCUGAAGCAGCAGCGGUAGCCUCCCACACGACUUUUGAGGCGCCUCAACAUCCAGUUUCCCACACAACACCUGUCAAGGCUCAAGAAACAGUCGCCCCUCCAAAGGCUCCUAGGCUUUCCAAGGAGCUGAACCGGCUCCUGCACGAUGCGUGCAAGACAGCGGAACAGGCAGCAACUGCCAUCUCUUCUCGCCAAGCACAGGCUGCUCUGGGGGCCGCAUGGCAAGCGCAGAGUGCUGUAGCGUCGCCAUCGUCACGAGAGAAUGCUGGGGAUGCUCGAAAAAGGCACUUACAGACUGCUGUGGAGUUGUUGUCGGGGGGAGCAGUGGCAGAGAGGGAGGAGGAGAGAGGAGGAGAAGUGGUGGAGGGGAAGGGAGUGGCGGGUGAGGAGGGUGAAGGGAGGGGGGAGGAGGAGGAGGUGGGGGGGGGAGAUAUGCAGUGUGAAGAUUACUGCUUUGUGUGCUAUGAUGGUGGUGACCUGGUGGCGUGUGAUAAGAGUGGCUGCCCCAAGGCGUACCAUCCGGAGUGCACUGGGCUGCCCGAGAAAGUUUUCAAGUCUACUGCCGCUUGGACUUGUGUGUGGCACUCCUGCUCCCGUGGCUGUCGUCGCUCCUCCCUCUUCCUCUGCCUCCUCUGCCCCACAUCCCUCUGCUGGCGCUGCCUUCGCUUCCUGCACCGCCAUGUCUGGAUGGACCCUGCUUCUUCUGCCCGAGUGAAAAAAAUCUGGACCUUGAAACUUUCUCGGGCAGCUCAGUUCGCUGCCCGGCUUGCUUGGGGCAGGGUUUCGGGCUUGGAGGAAGGGAAGGGCAGGAGGAGAAGUGGAGAAGGGAGUGGGUCUGUUCAGGAUGGGAAGGAGGAGGCGAGGGGGAAGGAGGUGGAGGGGGGAAGUGUGGUUGGCAUUGAGAUGGAAGAGGGCAGGGAGGAUGAGAGGGAGAGGGAGCAGGGGAGAGAGGGUGUUCAGGCGAGGGUGGAUGAGGAGGUGGGGAAGGAGGGGGAGAGGGAGAGAGAAAAGGUGGGAGAGAGCACACAGGGAAAGGAGGAUAAUGAGGCUGAAGGGAGUGGGGGAUACAGAAAGAGUGCAAAGCAAAGGGAGUAUGAGGAGGAGACAGAGAGGGAGGGGAGGGACGAGAAAGAACAGGAGGAGGGGAAUGGGGAGAAGGGGUUUUCAGAGGGAGGGAGUAUCUUUUGGGGCAGGGAGAGUGAGGAGAAGAGGGAAGGGAGUGUGGGGUGGAUUCUGGAGCAACUGGAUGAAGGAGGGCGGAAGGUUCUGGGGCUGUGCGGCGCGUGCUAUGUGAAGGUGGCUAUGAUUCAACACGGCAUCGAGAGGACUCCUACUGGCAGGGUUCUAGACAUGGACGAUACAUUCUCCCCUGCUUGGUAUUUCAAGGACUAUCACUCGGUGAUGCGCGAUCGAGGGCGGUUGGUGAUCGACGUGGGAAGGGCUCCUGAUGACUGGGGCUCUCUCAGAGAGAGGUGGCUGUGUGGGAUCGAGCUGGGGAUGUUGGGAGAGGAGGAGGAGGAGGUGGAGGAGGGGGAGGGGGAGGGAGGGGGAGAGGGAGAGGGGGAGGGAAUGAUGGGGGAAGGAGGGGAAGCAGAGGAGGAGGAAGAAGAGGGAGAUGAGGAGGAGGAGGAAGGGAGUGAGGAGGUAGCAGAGGAGGAAUAUGAGGAAGGAGGGGGAGAACGAAGAGGAGAAGGAGGAAGAAGAGAAGAGGAGGGCGAGGGCCAAGGGAGGAGGACAGUUGAAUACCUGAAGUUGAGCGACAGUGAGAGUGUAGAUGAGGAUGAAAAUGAGACACUGGGAGUUGGUUCCGUGCCUAGGAGGAAGCAUAGAGCAGCAGCAGCAGCAGCAGCAGCAGCAGCAGCAGCAGCAGGACAGAAGAACGGCAAAGGGGAAGAAGGACAGAGUGAGAGGCAGAGUGAAAGUGAGGAUGAGACACUGGGAGUUGGUUCCGUGCCUCGGAGGAAGCAUAGAGCAGCCGCAGCAGCAGCGGCAGCACAGGAGGAGGGCAAAGAGGGAGAGGGACGGGCAAAGGGUAACUACUUGGCUCUGAGUGACAGUGGGGAUGAGGGAGAGGAUGUACCUCUAUCCAGAAGAUUCAAUAUCAAAUUGCAGCAAGGAAGGGCGGCUGCGGUUAGGUAUAGAAGCAGCAGGCUGAGGCAGGGUGGGAGUGUAAGGACGUUGCUGCCGUGUGGUGCGAAGGGGAGGCUUGUGAGUUCGUUGGGGUGUGAUGGUGGGGAAGGUGGGAGUUGGGUGAAGAUUAGUGAAGGAGGCGUGAGGGGAAGUGCGGGGAGAGGGCUGGGGAGAGGCGUGGUGAGAGGCUUGGGGAGAGGCUCGGGGAGAGGCUCAGGGAGAGCAGUAGAAGGAGCGCCCUAUGCAGCCAUCAACGAUCGCAAUCUCUCCCAGAUCUACCUAAGGCGCAGGCACAUGGAGGUGGCAGAGAGGCUGGGGUUAGAGAAGGCUGCUGAGCCGGGAGGAAGCUUGGAGAGGAGUGCAGAGGCGUUGAGAGGGAUGCUGGUGGGCGGAUUGGCUCGGCUGCGGUGUUCGGAUGGGUUUGAGAUGGUGAACUAUUCGGGGUACAAGCUUGUCCUCGUUACAAAUGUUGAGUAUUUCACAUCAGCGGCACCCAACCCAGGCUUUGGCCCACCAGGAUUCAACAUACCUCAGAACCAGCAGCAGCAGCAGCAGCAGCAGCAGCAGCAGCAGCAGCAACACCACCACCACGUGAUGUUGGUGACAGUAUUGGACGGCCGUAAGAACCGCCUUGACCGAUGCCGCAUUGCAGAGUUUUCAGACGGGGCAUUCUGCGCUCCAGAGGUAGCAGAGGUUAAAGAGUUGGUGCAACGAGGGUCACUGCCCCCCUUCUUCAUGGACAAGUUGGAGGAGCAGGUGCGCCAGCUGAUGCUGAACCCACCUCACCACUUGCUUCCCCUUUUUCUGAACCUAAAACCCCUGCAAUGCAAACCAACACCUCCUCCCCCGUCCCCCCUCUCCCAAUCAUCUCAGGACAAGUUGGAGGAGCAGGUGCGCCAGAUAAGGCAUAUCUUCUUUGAGACGGAGUACCAUCAAAGUCUGGAGCGAGUGCAGCACCUCAAGAAGGCCAAGAAAUAUCCCCUCAUUCCCUUCACUACCCUCACUCCCUUCACUACCCUCAUUCCCUUCACUACCCUCACUCCCUUCACUUCACUACCGUCACUGUCCUCACUAUCCCUACUGCCCUUCACACUCUGUGCCCUCCCUCCCUGCCCUCUCUCUGCGCUUUCUGCACUCUCUGCUCUCUCUGCCCUCAUCUCUCGCUUAUUCACUUGCUCUUACAUCCGCCCUCGCACCCCUCUCUUGCCCCUCCCACCCAACCGCCUCACACCCAACCUCCUCACACCCAACCUCCUCCCACCCAACCUCCCACCCAACCUCCUCUCACCCAUCCGCCUCUCACCCAACCGCCUCACACCCAACUUCCUCCUUCUUCCGCCCAUGCCCCCUCCUCCCAACCCCCCUCUUCUCAACCCCCUUCCUCCCACCCCCCCUCCGCCCAUCCCCCUUCCUACAUCCCGCCUGCAAGUCUUCACCCAAAUAUCUCUCCUCCCCCCAUCCCCCCUCCCCAAAUGCCCCCUCACCAAAUGCCCCCUCCCCAAGUGCCUCCUCCCCACAUCCCCCCUCCCCAAAUGCCUCCUUCGCAAAUGCCCCCACCCCACAUACGCCCUCCCCACCCAUGCCCUCCUCUCAACCCACUCCCUCCCAAACUCCACCCCACCACCCAUCCCUCUCCCUACCCCGCCCAUCCCUCCCCAUCCUCCGCCCAUCCCUCUCCCUACCCCACCCAUCCCUCCCCAUCCUCCACGCAUCCUUCCCCCGCCUCCGCCCAUCCGUCCAGUUUCCCUCCAAACACACACAGCCCCCUGA